GAGAUUUUUUUUUUCCCUUUUGGUCUUCUUCUUCUUCUUCUUCUUUUUUUUUUUUUUUAAACCCUGGUCCCUGUUUAUCCUGAAAAGGAUUUGAAGACAGCUUGAAGGAUAAAAAGCCUCGGUGCUUCCCAGGCGCCGAGCCGAGGAGCCGAAGAGGAAGAGCCGGGGCUGCCGGAGCCUUCGGAGAUGGACGAGCAGCCGAGGCUGAUGCAUUCCCACGCUGGGGUCGGGAUGGCCGGACACCCCGGCCUGUCCCAGCACUUGCAGGAUGGGGCCGGAGGGACCGAGGGGGAGGGCGGGAGGAAGCAGGACAUCGGGGACAUUUUACAGCAAAUUAUGACCAUCACAGACCAGAGUUUGGAUGAAGCGCAGGCCAGAAAACAUGCUUUAAACUGCCACAGAAUGAAGCCCGCCUUGUUUAAUGUGUUGUGUGAAAUCAAAGAAAAAACAGGAAUACAUGCUCUACUCCUGGUUAACAUGCAGAUUCGCCCCCUGCGAGACUGGACGAGGUGCUGCAGUGAUCUGACCCACCUGAGUUCAAGUGUUGGGAUUGCAAGGCUGAGAAACGUCAGAAAUGUUGCGGCCUGCUCAGACUUCCGCUGGAGGUGUGGUUCUCAACCAGGGGUCUAUAGAGUAGCAGAUAUCCUGCCUCUCAUAUUUGCAGUGACAGUAGCGGAAUUACAAUUGUGA